UGCUCGUCUUCGCCGCUGUUGGAAGACCGAAGUGGGGUUGGCAUCUGACCACCAUCUCUUCCUCCGUCAUCUCCCUCCAACCACCCGAUCGGGAGGAGAAUGAAGCUGAUGCGUGUAUUUGAUAAGCGAGAGGAGUUGUAUAUCAGGAAUUAAAGAAGGGGUGGACUUUUGAAGCCGAAUCUUUUGACUACAUUAAAGGAUCAAAAUGACUUCAUCUUAGGGAAUUUGAAAAUAGCUCCAGAUAUUUAUGAAGCCCUUUUACAUGGAAAUCCAGUUGUGGCGCUGGAGUCGACAAUUAUUUCUCAUGGUAUGCCCUAUCCGCAAAAUCUUCAAACUGCCAAAGAAGUUGAAGCUAUUGUGAGGGAGAAUGGUGCAGUUCCAGCAACCAUUGCCAUUUUAGAUGGAGUUCCAUGCAUUGGUCUGAAUAAUGCACAACUAGAAAGGCUUGCAAAGCUUGGAAUCAAUGCUCAGAAGACAUCUCGUAGAGAUAUUCCACAUGUCGUUGCAGCUGGCAGUAAUGGUGCAACAACAGUUUCUGCAACCAUGUUUUUCGCUUCAAAGGUUGGCAUACCAAUUUUUGUAACUGGGGGUAUUGGAGGAGUACAUAGACAUGGGGAAACGACAAUGGACAUAUCAUCUGAUCUCACCGAGCUUGGCAAAACCCCGGUGGCAGUAAUCUCAGCUGGGGUGAAGUCAAUUUUAGAUAUUCCCAGAACCCUUGAGUAUCUGGAAACUCAAGGAGUGACAGUUGCUGCUUACAAGACCAACGAGUUUCCUGCAUUUUUCAGUGGAACAAGUGGAUGUAAAGUGCCUUGUCGUGUGGACACUCCAGAACAGUGUGCUAGGCUCAUACAUGCAAACUUGAAGUUAGGACUUGGAAGUGGAAUGCUAAUUGCAGUACCUAUCCCGGAAAAACAUGUAUCUGCAGGAAAUGUCAUAGAAUCUGCAAUACAAAAAUCCCUAGAAGAAGCAAAGCUAAAAAAUGUGACAGGAAAUGCUGCCACACCUUUUCUGCUUGCUAGAGUCAAUGAGUUAACUGGGGGUGUAUCAUUGGCUGCCAAUAUCACACUUGUGAAGAAUAAUGCAUUUGUGGGUGCAAAAAUUGCAGUUGCUCUUGCUAAUCUUCAACAAUGUUCUAAAAAUGGUCGUUUACGGUCAGCAUUAUGAAGUUGAAGCAGAAGUGUACUUCAGAGUUAUGAUAUGGACGAAGUUUGAUUUGUGACAUGAUUGCAGAACUUCCAGGUCAGCAUUAUGAAGUUGAAGCAGAAGUGUACUUCAGAAUUAUGAUAUGGACGAAGUUAGAUUUGUGACAUGAUUGCAGAACUUCCAUUAAGUACACAGGUAUUCUGAUUCAUUAGCAAGAGAAAAUAGCUCUACUAUGAUAUUGAUGAAUAGUCAGCUCAACAAAAUCUUGUGGCGGGUCCUCAAGUUACUGCUGGUGAGCAUCAAAACGCUGCUGUCAAAGAAUAUAGUCAACUCCUAGCAUCUGUUUCAUUCAUUGUGCAAGCCUAUGACAUCCUAUGCUUGGGUAGGAUGGCAUCUCCAAUUCAAUGGGAGUUGGAUGGUUUUUUAUGGUUAAAACCUAAUUAAAUCUUUUAUACUUGACAAGAUAUUUAUUUCAAUCUAAACCUAUUGUACUGAUUUAUCCA